UUUCUUAGCUGGCGCCGCCAUGUUGUGUCCUUGCAGUUCCGCUCUGACCUAUGACGCGUUAUCACGUGACACAAACUGUCCGACGAAGAAGACUCGCGUCGCAAGGCGAGUUACGUCAUCAUGGCCAAGAUGGCAGCCUCCAUGGUGGAGAGUGGAGAAGACGCAUUUCGGAAAAUAUUCAAGUUUUACAAGAGAAGAAACCCUCCGCCAGAUUUCAGCGACGUCAUCGACUUCUCCAGAGGUGUACCUAGUGCCAAGGUAAUUUCUGCUAAACUGGACCUUGCUGCAGUGAGUGAUACGGAGGCUGCCAGGGUUGGAUUACAGUCCGUCAGAGACUGGAGAGCUUUCAGCCUACAUGGCUACCCAGGGUUCAUCUUCAUCUCCAACCCGUUCCUGCUGGGCUCCCAACCCUUCUGGGUACGACAGUGUUUGAAGACGUAUCCUCAGAAACCCAAUGUCUGCAACCUGGACAUGCACAUGUCUCCAUCUGACACACAGGACAUCUGGGGCAAGAGCAUACAUGGCCUCAGCGGUCCUCCCUCUGGAAAGAGAGAAUCGAAGACUCUACUGGAGCGGCUGCGCUGGGUCACUCUGGGAUAUCAUUACAACUGGGAUACUAAGACUUACUCUGCCAACUACUACACUCCUUUCCCAGAUGAGCUGCACCGGCUGUCCUUCCAAAUAACAGCCGCCUGUGGGUUUCCAGGAUUUAAUGCAGAGGCUGGAAUCCUCAACUACUACAGAUCUGAUUCCUGUCUGGGAAUCCAUGUGGAUGAAUCUGAACUGGAUCACAGUCGACCACUGCUGUCAUUCAGUUUCGGGCAAUCAGCCAUCUUCCUCCUGGGAGGUACAUGCAGACAGGACCCCCCCACUGCUAUGUACAUGCACAGUGGGGACGUGAUGGUGAUGUCUGGACAGAGCCGCCUCCUUUACCACGCUGUCCCACGCAUCAUCCCAGCACCUCAGGGACAUACUGCUUUAGAGAUGGAAGGCUGCAGCCUGGCCUCACCCCUGCAGGACAGCACUGUGCUGGAGCAGAUGUCAGAGCAGGACUGGGCAGUGUGUUCCAGGUACAUCCAGAGCUCCAGAGUGAAUGUGACCGUCAGACAGGUGCUGGGGCCCGGACAGAGCUUCCCAGAAACACCGUCUCAACACCACAGGACUGAUGCCGGCCAGACAGACGAGUACCAUGAAGGAUCAGUGGACGGAGAGCGGCCUAAGAGGAAGAGGAGUAGUAGCUGUGACUCUGUUGAUAUUGGAGAGACAUGAAACAGACCAAGGAUUAAUUGUACAUUACAGGCUUUGGAUAAACUUAAUGCUCAUCGGCUGAGUUUGUCUAACAAGCAGCUUCCACAAGAUCACAUUUUGACAGAGACAAUGUUACGCAGGAAUAUUUUGUUGUAACUGAGCGAGUGGCUAAGAAGCUGAAACCUCAUUCAGGAGGAACAUUUGUGAAGUGUGUAGCUGCUGUGGGGCCUGAAGAACCAGACAAUGUAAAAUUGUUUGAAACUGUCAUUUUGUAUCAAAAACCACUGAAAGAUAUUUUCUGAAACCAGCUUUGAGUAGCGUCAUCAUCUGACAUCAGAUGUCUAAAUAAAUACCGAAGAUAAUAAGUCAAAAUACUAUGGGGGGGGAAGUAAAAUAUGAUUGGUAAAUUAACUUAAAUAAACUUGAAUGUUGAAAAUAUAGCGUAUAUACCAGUAUUGAUAGAAAUGUAAAUUGUCAUUUUAUAGGUAUUUAUGCAGGGCGGACAUAUUUGGUGUCAAUUCACCAUAUCCUACUGUGCAUUUCUAAAUAUUGGUUUCACUUUUAUUUAGUUGUUUGUUAUUAAAGUCUUUCUCACAGUCAA